UUAAAAAGGAAAUUAAAAUAAAAACCCACUUAAUUAAUUUUAUUGGUAGCUUUUUAGACAGUAAAAAUUGACAGUUGACAUAUGACAAGCGACAACUCUUUUUGAUUCGGCAAGUGUUAGCUGAGAUCGCAAUGGCUAAACCUAAAGGAGAGAGAAAAGGUAAAUCCGCGAUCAAUGAAGUCGUGACGCGGGAAUACACUGUUAAUUUACACAAACGGCUACAUGGAGUUGGUUUUAAGAAACGCGCUCCCCGUGCUAUCAAGGAAAUCCGUAAAUUCGCCGAAAAACAAAUGGGUACCCCAGACGUUCGUGUUGACACCAGGUUAAACAAAUUCCUGUGGUCCAAAGGUGUAAGGAAUGUUCCCUUCAGAGUGCGUGUAAGGCUCUCCCGCAGACGUAAUGACGAUGAGGACUCGGCACACAAACUGUUCACCCUAGUGACAUAUGUACCCGUUGCAUCCAUCAAGGGCUUGCAAACUGAGAAUGUUGAUGCUAGCCAAGAAUAAACAUUAAGUUAAGCUUA